ACACAUGCACCGCAACCAUUGUUACCAUCUCCCGUACACGUGUCACACUCCCGCAUAACCUCUUCUGCAUUUAUCUCUGCUGUUUUACUUCACCCCCUCAAUUGCGUUGCGUACGGUCCCCAUUCCCCCUCUCCUCAAAUGAUCUGUUGGUUGGGUUACCAAACGCAGAUUUACGAAUUUUACGAAUCAUUACUGAUUAGUGGAUUUAAUCGAACAACCACCCACUUUUAACUGAUAGAUUGCUUUAUAAUAAGCAAAGUCACUUUCCAGCGUUCCCCUUUACUUCUCUCUCAAAAAAGAGAAAGUUGUGCUAGUAUUUAAUUAUUUUUUUAAUUAUAGUCCGGGGAAAAUCUUGAGGCGGUGAAUCUGAAUUGCGUUCGUUUAAAAUUGGGGGGUUUGUUGUAGCGAUGGAGUUUACAGUUCACUUGUCGUCACCAAAUACGCGUUUGGUUUACGCGUAGAUAUAUCUUUUCUCUUAAGAUUCUUCAAUUUUGCUCAACUUGCUUUGCUUGGUGUCGCAGUCAGAUCCGCUUCUGCUUUUUGAUUCUGCGCCUAACGUGGCCGGACAUUCCUCCUGUCACUGCAGAUCAAGUGGAGAAUAUCACGGUUGAUACGGAUAGAAGCUGCAUCUUUUGUUUGAAUAGAAAAUUCAUUAUCCUCUUGCAAAGAGGCCUGAAAGAGGCAGAGGUUUUGUGAUUUUAUUAGCUAUAGCAAAUACUAAGAAUUUUGCUGUUUCAUUGAGUUGGAGGGAUAUGGAGUCUUCUGUGAUGAUAUUGCUUUUGACACCAAGGGUUUCGUGAUUUAGCUGUGCUGAGCCAGAGGCUGAGACAGAUAAGUGUUAGAAAUGGCAUCCAGGGAAGGAAGGCGCAAUCAUGAGAAUCUUGUACCCUUAGCUGCAUUGAUCAGCAGAGAGAUGAAGAUUGAAAAGAUGGAGAAGCCAACAGUGAGAUAUGGGCAUGCUGCUCAGUCCAGGAAAGGAGAGGAUUAUUUCAUGGUUAAGACAGAUUGCCAUCGAGUGCCUGGGAACCCAUCAUCAGCAUUUUCUGUAUUUGCGAUCUUUGAUGGGCAUAAUGGAAAUGCUGCGGCAAUUUUUACUAGGGAGAAUUUGUUGAAUCACGUGUUGGGAGCGAUUCCUCAUGGACUUGGGCGAGAGGAAUGGCUUCAUGCUUUGCCUCGGGCAUUGGUUGCUGGGUUUGUGAAAACUGAUAAGGAAUUUCAAAGCGGAGGAGAAACAUCCGGGACAACUGCUACAUUUGUUAUAGUAGAUGGAUGGACAGUGACUGUUGCUUCUGUUGGGGACUCACGUUGUAUUUUAGAUACUCAAGGGAGAGCUGUCUCUACCUUAACUGUUGAUCAUAGACUUGAAGAAAAUGUGGAGGAGAGAGAACGUGUUACUGCUAGUGGAGGUGAAGUUGGAAGGCUUAGUAUUUUUGGUGGUGCAGAGAUUGGUCCCCUUCGUUGUUGGCCAGGAGGUUUAUGCCUUUCAAGGUCAAUUGGAGAUAUGGAUGUAGGAGAGUUUAUUGUUCCUGUACCACAUGUUAAACAAGUGAAGCUAUCAAAUGCAGGUGGGAGGCUUAUACUUGCUUCUGAUGGCAUCUGGGAUGCCCUAUCAUCGGAAAUGGCUGCAAAAUCUUGCCGUGGCUUGCCAGCUGAACUUGCUGCUAGACAAGUUGUCAAGGAGGCACUAAGGACAAGGGGGCUUAAGGAUGAUACUACUUGCAUAAUUGUUGACAUAAUUCCUCCUGAAAAUUCAGUACAGCCUUCAACUCCCCCCAAGAAGCAGAACAAACUGAGAGCCUUAUUAUUCAGGAAGAGAUCUCGUGAUUCUGCCAAUAAACUAUCAAAGAAGCUUUCUGCUGUCGGCAUAGUGGAAGAACUGUUUGAAGAAGGUUCAGCAAUGCUUGCUGAGAGACUGGGAAAUGAUGACAAUGCAGCACAGUCAACAUCUGGUCUCUUCAUGUGUGCUGUAUGCCAGGUUGACCUUGCUCCAAGUGAAGGCAUCUCAGUCCAUGCAGGCUCCAUCUUCUCCAUGAGCUCAAAACCCUGGCAAGGGCCUUUCCUCUGUGCUGAAUGUCGUCAUAAGAAAGAUGCUAUGGAAGGAAAAAGGCCCAGUGGAGUUAAAGUGUCAUAAUUUCUUCAUUGUUGCUUACCAUUGUUUUUGUCCCUUGAUUCUUUUGUAUUCCCAUUAUCUUAGGUAAGGAAAUUAUUUGAAUCUUACUGCAAUAUUGCAUCCAAUGUAUAUGUAAUAUCUGCAAAUAAUCUGGAAAAAACUUAGCAAUGAAGGAAGAUUGAUCUCGGAGAACCUCGAUUGAGAGUCCGGGUUUCUUUGCAA